AUGCCCGACCCGGAGGACCAGAUCAUGGAAAAGGAUCGCACAAACGACAGCGACAAUGCCACCAUCCGCCGGGACCCCGAGGAUCGGCCCAGUCCCAAUCAUAAUCUGGAGCUGUAUUCGGUCUUCACCGUCGGCCAGAAGAGAGCCAUCGUCACCAUGGGUUCGCUGGCCGCCUUCUUCUCGCCCUUGUCCUCGAGCAUCUACUUGCCGGCCCUCGAUACCAUCUCCCACUCGUUGAACAUCUCCAUCUCCCAGGUCAAUCUGACCGUCACGACAUACCUGAUCCUUCAGGGUAUUGCGCCCAUGCUCAUUGCCGGGUUCUCCGACUCGGCCGGCCGCCGACCAGCCUAUAUCAUCUGCUUUACGAUUUACCUGGCUGCCAACCUGGGUCUGGCCCUGCAGAACAGAUACCCGGCACUGAUGGUGCUCCGCUGCCUCCAAAGCGCAGGCAGCAGCGGCACCGUCGCGCUAGCCAACGGUUUAGUGGGGGACAUGAUUACCUCUAGCGAACGAGGCUCGUACAUCGCGUUUGCCAUGAUUGGAAGCAUGCUGGGGCCGUCGCUCUCUCCCGUGAUCGGCGGCUUGAUCAGUCAGUUUGCCGAUUGGCACUGGAUCUUCUGGUUUCUUCUCAUCUUUUCGGGUGUGUUCUUUGCCAUUCUCGCCCUGUUCCUGCCCGAGACAUGUCGCAAGGUCGUCGGUGACGGCUCUAUUCCACCGCCGUGCUUGAACAUGUCAGUAUCCGACAUGAUCCGCCACCGCAAACGCCGCGAGAAGGGUCUCGAACCGGACCCGGAGAAAGUCGAAGAGGUGCGAAAGAAGUAUGCGCUCCGAUUCCCGUCGCCCAUUCCGACACUCAAAGUCGUUCUGGAUUUGGAAACGGCGGUGGUACUUUUGACGACUGGAUCCUUGUUUGCGGGGUUUUAUGCUGUCAUGACGGGUGCAUCAACCUCCUUCCAUGAGGUGUAUCACUUCAACAACAUCCAGGCUGCCUUGAUGUAUAUUCCCAUCGGCGCGGGGGAGUCCUGUCGGCUUUCACGACCGGACGCAGGGCUCCCCGUCAUCAAAAACGUGCGAGCUGAUAUCUCCAACUUUAACAUCGAGCGGGUUCGGCUGGAAGUCGCUCUGCCGCUCUAUUAUCUCAGUAAUAUCACCAUGCUGGCCUAUGGCUGGGUGCUGGGCCACAAAGUCAACCUGGCCGGCCCUGUCAUUCUUUUGUUUCUGGCCGGUUGGACUCUGACGUCCACCUCGCAGGUGUUGAAUGCUUUGAUGGUGGAUCUCUGGCCGGGGAAGUCUGCCACCGCAACCGCAGCAAAUAACUUGUUCCGCUGUGAAAUGGGUGCGGUGUCUUCUGCCGUGAUCAGUCCCAUGAUCUCUGCCAUGGGUCGGGGGUGGGCAUACACCACGCUGGCAUUCCUCUCGAUUGCGCUGUCGCCCAGUUUGUGGCUGGUUGCGCGCAAUGGGAUGGGAUGGCGACAGAAGAGAAACAAGAGGGAAGAGGCGAGGCAAGAAGCGAAAGCCAACCGAACCACGUAG